UCGUCGUAUCUUUUUUUUUUUUAUUCGAAAAAUUCUUCCUCCCCCCCUCUUGAAAGAGUCAGACACACUACACACACACAACGAAAGGCUUUUACGGAAUUUUCUUUGUGUUGUUGUCCUUUGCACAGAGUGUGGUUUUUUUUUUUUUUGUCUACGUGUCUAGUGCGACGAUCCGUGUGUUUCUUUCCCUACGAGAAUACAUUUAUGUAUUUAGGGCUACCAAAAAGAAAAAUAACACGCAAUCAGUUUGGAAAUGUUCCAGCAACACAAGAAGUAGCCCAUCUUCUAUAAGAAAUAAGGAAAAGAAAAAUCCAUCCGUUUAUUCCCCCCCCGUUGCAUCUUAAUUUUUGUGUGUGUGGAGGAGGGAUCAUUAAACAAAUCCCGAUGGAUGGAGCAGUUCAACGUCCUUUUAUCAUCCUCCAUUCUCGCGCUGGACAGCAUUGAUGAUUGUGAAUUCGGAUAGCGAAACGAAGAAGGAAAAAUGUGCCGCUAUUUAUGAUUUGUUAAAAAUCAGUCUGCCCUCCCGACGGAUUGUGUCCACUUUAAUAAACCGUUAGAUCAACCCCCGAAAAGAAAAUCGUUGUGUUUCUCUUUUUGCUUCGAAUCAAGAGAUUAAAAGCGAAGCUAAAAGAAGAAGAAGAAGAAGAAGAAGAAGAAAAAAGUGUUCCGAGAGAGAAAACCGUGUCCGGGUCCGCGUGCGGAAUUUUUCUUCCCAUAUAAAGAGAAAACAAGGUGAGUGGCGACAUGUUUUCCGCAAUGCUGGGCGGCGGCGGUGGUAACCGGCGGGCGACCAGUUUGGGCAAGGGUCACCUGAGCCACGCAGCAGCCGCACGAUUGGCCCGCACCUCUUCCUGGAACGACGGGCUGGACGGCGCAGGAAACCCAAGCCCUUCAACAAACGCUGGUCAUCCUUCCAUUUUAAGAGUGGCCGACGAGUCGCCCCAGCAACAGGCCACUACACUGCAGCAGCUCCAACAACAACAACAGGCUCGUCUACGACGCACAUCGAUGCGGAGGAUGGUCCGAUUCCGCAUGUCGGCCAGUUCGACGGACGUUGACCCGGCCGACGCCGCCCAGUCAGGUGAUGCUGCUGUUCACGAUAACGGCGGCAAUACGAGCGGGACGCGGACUUGUAAUGAGCCCCAUCCGGCGGCAAACGAUGGAGCAGAUGCGUCUCGAAACGAAGGCGGCAUUAAAAGUCACAACGACAGCGAGAGUCACGGCAACGCUGGAAGCAACAGCAGCAGCAGCAGCAGUUCGGGAGACGAGCGUUCGCCCGGUUCCAGACGGGCGGCCAUUCCGUUACUAUGGCAACCCGCCAGCAAGCAACCCCAGGUGGAGGAAACAACAACCCGCAGCCCGUUGCCACCUCCACUACUGCCUCCGCCUCCUUCAUCGUCUUCUUGCCAGCGUUCGGCCGCCAUUCCGGCAUCGUUCGUCAGUCCCCUCACGGCCGCUCCCGCAAACGAAUCGCUGACAAGUGGACGCCGAUCGGCCUGUGAUGGUCCAACAAGUACGUCCACGUUUCACAUCGAAUCCGAAGGCGAACGAGACGAGACGGACCGAUGGCCGCGUAACACGACAGAUUCACCGUCCUCACCGCCAGGUGCGACACAGUCGUCCGGAUCGUCAGUGAACGCUGGGCCGUUGCCCGGUAGAGCCGUGCUAGUGCGUCAAGUGUCGCGUUUCUCCGUCAUGCAGACAUCGCCGUCGCUCGAUGGCUCGUCCGCACCAGUUGGCGGAGUUGCUGGCGACUCUACGGCAACGCAAUCUGGCGGCGAACGAGAUCCGUGCAGCCCCACUGGCCAAUUGUCGUCGUCUAGCAAUCAAUCGAGACGUCAACGUGGACGCAGUGGACGCAAUCGUGAGGGCGGAGGUCACUCACGCGCUCGCCGUCAACGGUCCAACAUGAGCGCCGCUUCCGGUACUUCACGAGCUUCCACCGUCUCCUCACCCGAUAUACCCAUUGUACGCUCACAGAGAAGGAGGAACCGCAAUGCGGAUGGAAAUGUCGAUCCGGAGGAAGAAUCACGGCGUAAACUUGGCGGCAUUUGGCCGCACAACAUGGCGCCCAUGUUCGCUCUUCUAGCGGCCACUCUGGGCCUCUUCAACGUGUCGCGUUUCGCUUUGUUGAGCAUCGAGUACGGAGGCAACUUCAUAGUCCAGUUCAUGUUGUUGUCUUUCCUCUUCGGCAUCCCAUUGCUCUGCUUUCACGCUUGCCUCGGCCAAUUUCUCGGCUCCAACGUCAUCGACAUGUGGCGGAUAUCUCCCAUUUUCAAGGGCGUCGGCAUCGCUCUGCUCAUCGGACAGGCCGUCAGCGGCAUCUACAGCAUCGUCGGCGUCGCCUGGAUGUUCUUCUACUUCCGCGACUCGUUCAUAGCUCAAGAGGAUCGCUACAAAUGGUCGAAAUGCUACGAGCAGAUACGCAGCUGCUCCCAACCGACGAAUUAUUCUUUUAGCCUCGAGGAGACUAUUCCAGAUUACUUCCAUGCCCGGGUGCUGCAGCGCAGCGCUCCCUGGAACCCGCCUCUCAGCUUCGUUUCACUGAAAUUCGAGCUGGCCUUCAACUUGGCCGUUAUCUGGAUGAUCGUUUUCGUCGCCCUGGGCAAAGGCCUUCGCUCUUACGGCAAAGUUGUCUACGCCUUCGGCACGUUGCCCAUUCUCGGCUAUUUCAUCAUCUGCGUCAAAGUCCUCGGAUACAGCUCGUCCAUCCCGACGAACGGUGUAGGUGGCGUCCUGGACCGGACGCCGUGGAACGAGUUCUUUACCGACACCAAGGUGUGGGUGAUUGCCGCCCGGGAGGUGUUCAUGACCUGGGGCAUGUGCGGAGCAAUCGUCAUGCAGAUCACGUCGCACAAUCGGUACAGUCACAGCUUAAGGCGCGACAUUACGGUCGUCAUAGGUCUCACGCUGUUCGUGUUGAUGCUCUCCGGCUUCCUGGCAUCCGCUUGCCUCCAGAUCAUCAACGCCAGAGGACCCUAUGAAUACGUGAUGAGCUCUUUCGAAACUGACCAAAGCUACAAGUUUUUGAGGAACUUGCGAUUUAUGCGACAGCAUCAACAGUCGAAUUUGCUCAACAAGCAAGAAGAAUUCCAUAACAAUUUAGUGAUGGGCGUGGCCGUACGAGAAGGCGAUGACGGACCGGGAGAUCAUUCGGGUUAUCAUCCGAUUCGUUUAGCCACCGAGCUGUUUCCAGCUGUGGUGGCCAUCAUCGGUCCGGGCGAGUUCUCGCCCUUCUGGGCCGUCCUCUUUUACUUUUCUCUGGUGGCGUUCGGCAUCGCUCAACAGCUGGCUAUAUGGCAUUGCGUCAUCAACGGCAUCGUGGCCUUCCGCUCUUGCUGCCUCAAAUCGUGGGAGACGACGAUUACGUUCUGUACUUGCCUCGUGGGAUUCUUCCUGUGUUUGCCAUUGGCAACUGAGUUGGGUAUUUCCAUCGUCUACCAUCUCGACUACGUCAUGGGAUCCCUUUGGUGGCUCAUGAUUAUCUACGUCGUCCAGAUAGCCGCCGUUUUGAUUGUCCGCGGACGACCUUACAAUGGCGAAAGUAUUGUGGCCGUCCUCGUCAAGGGGCCGGGCUGCAUGGCUAAUUGGUGCGUUCCGAUGCUCACCUUCUCAUGGAGCGUCGUCAUACCCAUUGGGCUUUUGGUGCUCAGUGUAUCGUCUUUCAAAAUGGGCCAUUUUUGCGACAUGUUCAACUGGCGAAUGACUGAAGGCUAUGCUUACUGGCCGUUGUGGGCCCGUCAGACGGGCUCAAUGCUUCAAUUGAUACCCAUCCUGCUCAUUCCAGCUGUUGGCCUUAUUCAAUGUAUCCGUUAUCUAUCCUCCGGGCCGUCUGAUUUGUUCGACAGGAUCAAAUUACUGUACCGGCCUCACUUCCGGACGUAUCUCAUACCCAAUGAACCGGCUUCUCGGACAGCGUCCAGGUCGUCGCGCAGUCAACAAAGAAGCGAACGACGGAGAUCCGGUCGAUCGCGAUCUCGUUCCCGUUCACCAUCACCUGGUCCGACGACAUUCCCCGAUCCACCGCCCAAAUACACUCCGCCGCCGACGUACAACACGGCGACGGGCGCGCGGAUUGCUAAAAUGUUCCGCGAAAGUAUCCGAAGGAGUUUCCGUCAAAUCCGCGACAUGACGACGCCUGUGCACACACCGGGCAAUACAGUGACCAGCAUGGCCGACAUGGCUGAACUGGAAUUGGGUCGAGGCAAUCGAGAAGAUCACCAUCAGACGUCCAUCACGUCGACAUCGAGGCAUUUGCCACCGGCUUACACUUCGGUUAUCUUGGAAAUGCGCAGUCACGGACCGGACGAUCUGCGCAUGCCGGACAUUCUGAGCGAUCGCCUUUCUCAGCUGGUCGGCUGUGACAGCACCGAAGCCUCGACGUCGGGCAGUAGCAGUGCUUGUUCCAGCACUACCGAUUGUACUGGAACAAGUUCGAGCAGUUCCGAUACGACGAGCAGCGCUCCGAUGAGCGCGGUUGAAUUGACGCGGCUUUUGGGAGAAUCUUUCCGUCGCAGCGCUCGCAAUACGUUGCGUAAUAGUUUGAGAUUCAUCCGGAACGGCAAAACUGCCGCCAAGCCGACGGCCAAUGAACGCUCCGUUACCGAUGAUGACGACACUACCGAUACGGACCAGGGCGGCCGCCAUCUUGUCCAAGGAGCUGUUCGCAUUCACCGUGAUCCUUCACUUUCCAAUGUUGUGGUCACCUUACCGAACGCUCCUGGUAAUCAUUCAGAGAGUAUCGCCUGAUUCAUUUUUUUUAAAAUUUAUUUAGUCCGGCCCGCAAUUUUUAUUCGUAAUGGAUUGAUCCAUUUCCGUCCGUCCCGAUCUGAUGUAAUUAAAGUUUUCAUAUCUUUCCGGUUGUUGUAAGAAAAAGAAAGAAAAACAAAAACAAAACAAAUGUUAAAGAUGUCGAAGGCGAGUAACGAACUGGCGGCCAUCUCUGUUUAAAAGACCUGAGCGGCGGAUAAUGUUUUUGUUUAGUUUCACCCAGUCACGGACGUUACUGGAGCUCUCUUUUUAUUUCCCUCUCUAAUUCGCUGUUUUAAAAAGAUGAUUUGGCAAUUUGUGAUUGCAAAUAGCAAUGAACAAAGAUGAAUUGUUUUAUGUUUUUGUUUUUGUGGGAUGUAAACUAGACGACGAAAUCAACCAUCGUGCUUUUUGAAUUUCAAGUUGUUCGGAGGGCCGACAGCUGGUUUGCUAUUGCAUUGAACUUACAAAUCCUUUUUUUUUUUUAAUAAUUAUUAUAAUAACGAAAAACAUUUCGUUCUUCUUUUGUCUAUUCUCCGAUACGAUUAACACUUUGCUUGAGUUCAUUUCAUUGUAUUUUUGUAUGUCGAUGUACAGACCUAGUCAGAUGAAACCGCGUCUGCAAUUUUUUUUCUCCCUGUCGCCUGUUUGUUGCCUGAUGAUUUUGACGGUACGUUUUCAUUUGAGACUGUUAACGUCCAACAUGUAUAAUAAUCGAAUUUUUUGUAAUCUCGUAUUUUCUUGUUGAUGUUGACGUUUUGGCUCUGCCUUCUCCCUCCCACAUCUUGACCCCAAUUUACUGUUCUCAUUGAAUGAUUCGCUAAUGUACCUAUUAAACGCCUUUAAUCGGUUCA